AGAUCAGCCGCAGCACAACCCGCCAGCCAACUCUCAAAGGCGCUUAUUAUACGCAAACACAGAAUUCGGCAACAAAGACGACAAGAGUUGCAGAACGCUGUUGUUGAACUCUGACCUGGACGUCCUUUUUGGUGACGGUUAAUUGAAGAUGCAGGCAGGAGGUCAGUCCAACUCGACGUGGGGACAGGCUCGGGUGCGAAAUCGGUACAAGUGCAACUUGGCUCGUCGGAUUGAGCUGAUUGAAAAUCGUGACCUGUACACGAGCCCCAUUUCCACCUACGCCACCGCCCCCAAUGCCAACCUCUCCGUCACAGACUUUGAGAGAUAUGCCCUCGCCAGGCUCAAAGUUCUCCGAAUUAUUGAGCGACAAAACCUCCUGUCUCCAGACAAGUUCAGUGUGGAAUGGAGAAACAAGAUUGAAGCUGAGAUAAGGAGACAAGAUAUUGCAGAAUUCAUAAUUGUGCUGUUUUCUUCCGUUGGCACUGAAGGAGUUUCAGAGACUGAGAUGAUCAGGGCUAGAGAGUUUGACCACAUUUCGCAUUUUCUUCUACGUUUGGCAUUUGCGGGGACGGAGGAGCACAGAAAGUGGUUCAUCUCACUAGAAAUGGACUUAUUUACUAUGAGACUAAGAGGACUUGUUGGUGCUGCAAGCCUGCGCAACUUUCUUUUAGCAGAAGAAUUUCCUGGGAAAUUGGUCGAGAAGGAUGAAAAGGAAAAAUAUAGAACAGAAAUAUGCAAUAGUGUGCUCCUUGGAGGCGGACUCACUAUUCAACAGCACAACAAGUUGGAAACAGAUAUUUACAAAGUUUCCUUUGAAUACGCACUUGAUCUUGUUCGACUCAGAAAAGUAUUCCUUCGUAAUGGGGAAGCCUAUGUUCACCAUAAUGAACUUGUCUCCAUCAUUUGCACUGCGUUUCGAAGUCACUUGUCUGAAGGAUUAUCGAUGGUGAAGAAAAACAUGCACAUUGUGGAACAGGAUGAAAGAAUUAUGCAAGUCGUCGCAGACUUUGACCGGCGACACACGGGCAACAAUUACGGCAAUAAAAAAGAAAACGUCUCUGGAGUUAGUGCAGAUGAGCUCCCAACUCUCUCUCAAAAGUCGUUCCCACUUUGUAUGAGGUCACUCUACGACGUCGUGGUGAAAGAACAUCAUCUUAAACACUUUGGUCGACUGCAGCUUGGUCUCUUCCUUAAAGCUAUUGGCGUCCCCAUUGACGAAGCGGUCAAGUUUUGGCGAGGUCAUUUCACUAAGAAACCAGAAAUUGAUGGUACAAGGUUUGACAAGCAGUAUUUGUAUAACAUUCGUCACAUGUAUGGCCAAGAAGGGAGGAGGGCAGACUACACGCCAUACAGUUGUAUGAAAGUGAUCAUGUCCAACGUGGGGCCGGGUGACCAUCAUGGCUGUCCAUUUAAACAUUCUGACCAACAAAAUCUAAGAGCUAAGCUGGUGGAGGCACAAGUUCCCUCAAAUGGAAUGAAAGAGAUUAUGGACCUUGUUGAGAAGCAUCACUUUCAGAUCGCCUGUCAGAAGUAUUUUGAAUGGACUCACGGUAGCAUGACUGUUGAGGGUGGGGUGAACCAUCCCAACCAAUAUUUUGAAGAGAGCAGAGAUGUUCUUAGUGGGAAAAAGACGAUUAAAACUGAAGACGUCAUAAAGACAAAACGUGUGGUGGUGAUGCCGGAUGGGAGUCAGCGUACUCAGACACUGUUAACUUCCGAGAUGGAAACCCAACCGCUAUCAUCAACAAAUCCUGAGACUGACGGUGAUCCACUGGAUACUCCGAUGGAGGAGGAUAGCGCCAUUGUGGAUUUUCUUGCUUCACAGGGAUAUUAGGUUACGACGAUACAUACAGCAAGAAUACGUAUACAUUAGUAAUGUUCGUUAAUUGUUUUCCAGUGAAACUUGUACAAUUCUGUAAAAAUGAAUUUAAUGAUAAUUUUCCAAAAGAUUUACUUCUCGUUUA